AGCACACACUUUUGUAUUUCUUGUGUUUAUUUACAAGAUAUAUAUAUAUAUAUAUUAAUUUAUUUUUAUUCACUGUGUAUUUAUUUAGUAAAUUAAUCAUGCAAUUUUGUUUUUACCAUUUAAUCAGGAUAAAUAAUUAUUUAAACGUCAACAAUUUAAUAAACAACAAGUUGAAAUAAAAUCAAGUGUUUAUAAAAAUAAUUGAAUAAUUAAAUAUGGAAAAAAAAAUUAUUGGAUACUGGAUGACAGAGAGAAAAAAACAAAAAAUAAAUUGGAAUGAUUUUGAAGUAUUAUGUGAAAAUGAAGGCUUCAUAUUAAAAUCGGUUGAUCUCAAUAAAAGCCUGGAAUCACAAGGACCAUUUAACAUAUUCAUUCACAAACUCACAGACAUCCUGGCUUAUGCUGAACUAGAAGAUCAAAAUACAAUAAUAAGCAGAGUCAAAAAUUACAUACGAAAACAUCCAGAGAUGAUUGUGAUUGAUCCACUUGAAAAUGUUAAAUUAUUAAGUGAUCGUCAUGAAUCUUAUCUCAUGUUGCGUGAAGGAAUUAAAUUAAAAAAUAUAUUUGUACCAAAUUCAGUUGAGCUGUCAUCAACAAGUGUAGCUGAUAAUUUACAUCAUCUUCGUCAAAAUGGAAUUAGAUUUCCAUUUAUUUGUAAACCACUGCUGGCACAUGGUUCAAAAGAUGCUCAUGAUAUGAUGGUUGUAUUUAAUGAAAAGGGAAUGUCAGACUGCCAGCCACCAUGUGUGGCACAAAAUUUUGUAAAUCACAAUGCAAUAUUAUAUAAACUAUUCAUUGUUGGUAAUAAUUUUCAUGUUAUAAAACGACCAAGUUUAAAAAACUUUUAUCAAAAAGACUGUGAAUUAUUGAGUACAAUAUUUUUUUGUUCUCAUGAUGUAUCAAAGAGUCAUUCGAAAUCUGAAUGGUCAGUUUUAUCAGAUGAUGAUAAACAUUUAACAAUUGAACCAGACUUGAAUGUAUUACAAUCAAUUGUCAGUGAUAUAACAAAAAUAUUUAAUUUAAUAUUAAUUGGAGUUGAUGUUGUUGUUGAAAAUCAUACUGGUAAAUAUGCUAUUAUUGAUGUCAAUGCAUUUCCUGGUUAUGAUGGUUAUCCAAAUUUUUUUCCACAACUUGUUGAUACAGUUAAAUUAUUAUUAGAUAAAAAUAAUUCAAGAUCAUAUUCAAAUUCAAUAUUAAAAAAAUGUAUCAGUGAUGAUCUUGAUUCUGGUUUUGAAAGUGAUGAGAAAAAAAAAAAAUCUAUGAUAUAACAAACAUUUUUAAAUUUAUAGCUAUAAAUUUAAAAAAGAAAAAAAACAUACAAACAAAUGAAUAGAUAUUUUUAUUAUUGUUAUGCGUAUUUUAUUUUUUAUACGUAAAAUUUUACAAAUUAUUAUUGGAGAUAAUAAUUUGAGUCAACAAUAGUCAUUUUUGUUGAAUCAAUUGUUUGUUAUUUUUUUUUUUUUCCUCUACUUUGUAAUUAUUUUAUUUGUUAAUAUGGUAAUUUUUUUUUUUUAAUUUUCCAUAAAUAUCCUGGCUUAUUAUUAGCGUAAUGAAUUGUUUUUUAUUUUAUUUUUUUUUUUUUUGUAUUUAUAUUUAUACUCAUUAUUAAAUAAGCUAGGAUAUAAAAAAAAUAAUAUAAAAAUUUGCCUUUUAAAAAUAAUAAUAAUGAAAUCAAUAAAUUGUCAUUGAUUUAUUGUUUUAAAAGUUUUUGUAAUAAUACAAUUUUAUAUGUUCUUACAUAUUUCUUACAAAUAAAUAUUUAAAUAUUAUUAAUAAACAA